GCUCAUCCUAGCGAGCGCGCGUUGCCGCCUCCGGCCUCUGCCGUCCGAGCUGUUCUGUAGCUGCUUAUUUAUCGGGCGGCUGCGACCUGAAACGCGCCGAUCCCAAUCUGAUCCAGAGUUGCAGCACCAAGCGAAAUUGGCAGUAGCCGCUGCGGCAGCCGCGAAAUGAUGGAUUUCGCGCCUUUCACCCCCGCAACUGCUUGACCAAGUGUCGACCGACACUGACGCCUGUCUGCGCCGCGCUCCACGUGUCAUGAUCAACACAGUGUACACGCAUCUUCCUCGACGCAUUCUGUUUGGACGCUGCCGGCCGGUGCCGCGUGUGUGACGUGUGACGUGCUGUGAAGUGCGGCGAUGCUGUGAACCCCCCUUAAGCGGUUCACUCAGGCGACAAGCUGCCUCUGCAGCCGGUUUUCGUGUGAGAGGACACAACAAACAGUUGCCUUGGCUCCAACACCGGUCCUCGUGGGCUACAGCCUGGUCGGCGUGUACCCGUGCGCGGUGUGGAAACCGCAUCGCGCCAGCAGCCCUUGCACGACUUCCACGGGGCCCGUCCGCACCAGAGUGGCUGGAACCGCGCGAAAUCAACCGUAUCCGGCUCAGUCAGGACAGGUGCACCACUGUCAAGGCCACCAAGAGGCACCCGCGGCUACAGCAACCACCAACACGGCGGCCGCACGAGUCCAGCCUCCGCAGCUACUGGUCACGGCCUGUAGCUGCAAUAAUAACAACACCACGGCCGAACUACAAGUCGCCACGAACACCACUCCGAUGGUCUUCGUUCCGUUCUCGAUGCCCAGUUAUGCUCCACCAAUGGCGGCAGGCGCACUCUACACCAACAACUGCAGCCCCUCCAAGGACAUGAAAGGUGGGUGGGCAGCCUCGCCGGGGAGCACCGCUCCUGUAAAUGCUCCGACCCUGCUCACCCUGCAGCCAUUGCUGACGCAGCCCAGCACGCCGGUACAGACGGUCCAACAGCCCACCACCGCCACCACCACCGCCUCCACGCAGCCGAAGCAAGAUACCUCCAAGCACCACCACAUUUUCGUCGGAGACCUGAGCCCCGAAAUAGAGACGCAGACGCUGAGGGAGGCCUUCGCCGCUUUCGGCGAGAUAUCGGAUUGCCGAGUUGUGAGAGAUCCACAAACAUUGAAAUCAAAGGGAUAUGGGUUCGUUUCAUUUAUUAAAAAGGCGGAAGCCGAAAGCGCCAUCAACGCUAUGAACGGACAGUGGUUGGGAAGCCGCAGCAUUCGCACCAACUGGGCAACAAGAAAACCCCCGGCACCCAAAUCAGAAGCAAAUUCAAAACCGAUGUCGUUUGAUGAGAUUUACAACCAAAGCAGUGCUACCAAUUGCACAGUCUAUUGCGGCGGCAUUACGAACGGCUUGUGUGAAGAUUUACUACAGAAGACAUUUCUUCCUUAUGGGAUAAUCCAAGAAAUUCGCGUAUUUAAAGAGAAGGGCUAUGCAUUUAUACGUUUCUCAACAAAGGAGUCCGCCACUCACGCUAUCGUCGGAGUCCACAACUCCGAAAUUGGCGGUCAAACGGUUAAAUGCUCAUGGGGCAAAGAGUCUGGAGAUCCGAACAAUGCCCCAGCGGCCAGCCAGGUAGCGCUCUCGGAAGACGUUCAGAAGAGCGCGCUACAAGUUGGUUUGUUCCAGGCUCUUACUAGCACUCAGUACCCAUACGGGGCUUAUGGGCAACAACUAGGCUAUUGGUACCCGCAGAGCUUCCCCACAGCAGCUGCAGCGCAGAUGCAGGGGCAAUUCUUGCAGGGUAUGCAAGGUUACACCUACGGGCAAUUUGCAGGAUAUCAGCAGUCAUACGUAGGGAUGGGAAUGCAAGUUCCCACUACUUGGCAAGGCAUUCCAGGGCAACCACAACUCCCUGCUCAGCAAAUGGCAGCUCCAAGCGCCGCUCUACAGCAGCCUGGAUUGGUGUUUCCCAUUCAACAGUACCAAGCUCAAUGAAACACACACAAUUGCCACCAACUCGACAUAGUGAUAUUUUAAUACAAUUUAAGAUAUCGUACCGUAGUUAAUCGCGAAUUUGCAAUUGUUCGUGCCAAAUUUCAACUUAGUCACACAGAAUCGAACUUGGAGUCCAAAUGUCCAUCCAUUUUGAUUAGAGCUGAGGAGGACUAAGGCUGCAGACUUAGUGACUGAUGGCUUAGGUGGUAUGGUUGGAAUGAAUGGUGAGAGGAUGUGGAGCUGCGACCCUGCACUGUCGGCUGCCGCCUAGGCUAGCGCCUAACUCACACUCCCGCCCCGUUAGAUUCACUGGUUUCUGGUUUUUGCAUGAGUGCGUGUCCGUGGCCGAAGUCAGGCGGCAAGACCGUGUGUGUCCCGCUGAUGUGACGUCUGUUUGGCAGUUGGCGGAAGAGGACUGGCUCUCCCCCAGCCUCUUAGUGUGAUGGUAAUGCGCACCUUCGAGGCUGUAAGCGGGUACUUGCGCAACCAAAGGCAGCGUCAAACCUACACGCUCUGGUCCACCGUCAACCGUCAGCUCUUCAGUCCUUCGAAUCGGCUCUCCACUCCCAUCGCCGUCUAUUGCCCGCUUCCUUACCGAACAAUCAUUUACAGUAAAUUUCCACCUUAGUUGAUAUUUACUCUUGCAGUAGUGUUAUCAUACAUGUUGAACAUGUUUAGAUUAUAAGAGUUUAUAUUUGUAAAGAAUUGCCGGGAGGCUUUUGUUUUCAGUUUGACCUGUACAAACACAAGUAAGCUAGGUAAGUUAUCUUAAGAGAUAGGUAGAUAAAUAACUAAAUAGUUAGAUAGAUAGUUAGAUAGGUCAGUAGGUAGUUAUUUAAUCGAGAAUGACACGGAGUGACGGCAGCUGCAAUUGUACACAACGAGCGCGAGCACCACGGUGUAGAAGUAGUAGCGGUAGCUUAGAGGCAGGUUGACGACGUCAAAAGCUGCCCAACAUAUACAUACUGUAUAUUAAUGUACAUACAGAGAGUUAUCGCAACCAUGCAGACAUGUGAUGUCAGUAGGAUUAGAAAGUACUAAGUCGGGCUCAGCACUCCGCGCUACGCGAGCUGGCACUCGUCACCGUGCUUAAGUAUUACGUAUAUACUAUAUCCCAACGUUAAAAAAAAGAGCGCGAGCGCGAUACCAAUACACAUAGCCUAACGUGAUAUCGCAAAAUCCGACGUUUUAUAUAAAAUAUAAUGUGAAUGGAGGAAAGUUUUGAUACAAGAUUUAACAAGUAUAACGCAGAUUAAACGUAGAACAUAGAACGACGAGUAUUAUUUAGCAUUUAUAUAUAAUUAUAAAUAGCUAUAUGUUCGUUAAUGACAGUAUAUAACUUGCACGCUAAAAUGUAGGAGCACCUCAUAUUUAACGGCUGUAUUAGUGUCUAAGUGUAAAGGAACCACUCGCCCAGUGCCCAGCACUUGCCCAUUGCCCCGCAACUCGUGUGGUUGUUAAACCCCGGCACUUGUGCAACUGUAUAUGAAACUCGCACGUCCUUCGGCUGGCGACUCUUCGGUCAAACGCCGCGCCAAGUUGCGAUUUAGGGUCAGUCAAUUAAGCAGCGUCUCGAAACGCUGAUUUUUAAAAAAUCCGAGAGAGUCGUCAACCUUUUUUAAAAAAAAAACCGGACCUAGACGGCCGAUGGAACUAUCCAUAGAUAAUGGUACUUCAAAUCAACUUUUCGCAACCGACUGGGCACGAACCACUUCGAAUCUCGCUAAAUAUCAUACUCUGUGAUAGUCCCGAAUACGUACCGGUCAAACGACAGAGAAAGUAUUGUGCGUCUUCCUCCGCCUUCUAGGUUCUGGUUUGUUUUCAGCUAACGCGCACUAGUCGUUCCAUUGUCUCGAAAACACAUAAGAACAUAUCAAACUUGACUCUAAUUUUGACAUGUUUGUUGUAUCUUUCGCAUUUUCGACAUGCAUGUUUACUUUAAUUGUUCUAAAGUAUAAAGUCGUGUUCCCUAAGGUCACGUUAGCUGCAUAAGGACGUGCUUUUUUCCUAAUCGUGAAAUGUUACCAGAUAACUGUCAAUAAUAAGUUAAGUUCAAAUCGCACCGGGUAGUGUUAUCUCUAGAGAUGUUUAUUUUUAUUAAAUAAUUUGUUGGACUUUUUUGUUGAUUUGUUUUAUAAAAAUAUUAGUAUUAUUAUACAUGAAAAAGAAACAUCGAUAUUGUUAUUUAUUUUACGCGGAUAACGCAUCAAAAUGGGCCAAAGAUUAUUUUUAAAACGACUUUAGCAAAUAAUGUUCUGAAAAUGACGUUAUUAGAGGAAAGCAAAUCUUAAAUAAUAAUAGAAUAUUUAGGUUUGUAUAACCGAAAGGGUUUAUGUUGUUUUACUUCAGCACAUAGGUAUGAAGGGACAAAAUCAAAAUAUUUCCUUUUAUUUAUUUAGGAAUCGGGGUGCAAAGCCCUAGAGUGAUUAUUGUAAAGAUUAGCUAGAUCAAAUGGCACUUUGCACCCUUGAUACCUUUGUUAUUAACUUCUGUAAAAUAUUUUCUAUCACUGGCUGCUACGCAUGAAAUGAUAUGCGUGCUUCAACACGCCAAAUAUUAAUAUACAAAACAAAAACAAACCUAGAUUAUUAUAUAGUAGAAAAUGGAAUUGAAAUAAAGACAGUUACUUGAUGAUUUGUGA